AUGUCUCAGACCACACCCGUAUCAGUGGAAUCUAUCGACGCGCCGCAUCCCUUCAACCAGCCUUCGGCGGACCUCAUCCUGCGCACCGCCGACCAGGUCGACUUUCGCGUGCACACCCAGAUUCUGGCUCAGGCAUCCCCGUUCUUCGCUACCAUGCUUGCACUUCCUCAGCCCCAUGCUAAUACCAUCUCUGCACCCGACUCCAGCGCGGAAACGGAAGGGACUCCGGUCGUACCCGUCUCGGAAGACAGCACGACACUCGAGCUGCUCCUGCGUCUCGUAUACCCGAUCUUGAAAACGCACUCCGAGAUAGAAGAUCCGCAAGUGAUGGGGCCCGCGCUGCUCGCCGCGACGAAGUACGAGAUGGAUCUGCCUGUUCAGAUGAUGUCCGAGCGGCUCGUCGUGAUUACACCCAAGAGUCCGCUGCAGGUCUGGGCAGCUGCGUGUCGCACUGGCCUCGAAAGUGUUGCGCGUCGUGCGGCAGAGGCCCUCAAGGCUAUUUGGACGCGCCAGGCGAAUACGGAGGCGCUGGCUCUCAUGGACGGUCUGGGUGACAUGGCCGGAAUCUCUGCCGGGGACUAUUAUCGGCUGAAGCAGUUUCUCAUGGGCAGGGCCUGUUCGACACUGCUGAGCCCCCCCACGAGGGAAGCAGGCGGUGUGGCGACGACGCCGAUCUCUCCAUUCUCCACCGAUAUCCCAGGCACCGACUUGAAGUGCCGGACUCCUCGCCGCGGACUGACUGCACCUUUCCUUGCUCACCAAAGUGUACUCUCCAGUCAGUCUUCAUGGUUGAAGGCGCAGAUUCUAGGUCUACGCAGUACAAUCCCCCCCGAUGUAUCGUCGUCCGCCAAUAUCGCGGGACCACUUGUGCUGGAGUUUGAUGACGAACCCGAGGUCAUAUCAAUGCUUUUGACAGCCUGCUACUGUGACGAUGAAGCACUGCCUACAGACCUCACCUACCUCGCCAAACUCUUGGUCGUCUCCCGCAAGUACGGUAUGGCGCGCGUGGCUCGCUCGAGUAUUCGAGCGUGGGAUGAGACUGCGACUCCUCGCCCCCUGGAGGCUUACUUCAUUGCGCUCGCCCACGGCUUGGUUGAUUUUGCGACAGCGGCGGCGAGGAACGUGUUGGCAGAACCGAUCACAGAUGCCUACGUUGCAGUCAUGGACACGGCGCCCGCGCUAGCCUAUCACCGCUUGCUGGUUUACUACGACGCCUGUUCCACGAUCUUCCGGCAGCGAUUGGUUCAAGCUAGCAGCCAAAUCCCAAUGCACGUAAUCCAGACUUACACUUGCGACGAUCCAACGUCCGCUGCCGUACAUAUCGGAAGUCUCUACAAGAUGGGCAGAACUCAUUGCCAAAGCCGUGUCAAUGUUCCGGCAACAGAUAUUGUUCUCCCUUUGAAGAACAUCGCCAACACCGCCCAUCUCAGUCCCGGAGCAAACCUCAGGAACACUUUCCGCGACGCUGUGGUACGAGCUGGGUCGGGCCGCAGUCAAUCGACCGACUUACCAAGUUUUGCGGCAAUGCUCAUUCAAUGUGUUAUCUCCCUACCGGAUGAUCUUGAUAAGGCAUUGGACGACGUGGAGAUCAUCCUAGGUUGA